CUGCGCGCGCCUCCCCUUUCAGUGCACGCGCCCUCGCGCACGGUGGCUCGCGAACGCGCUCCGGUGCUGAUGGGAUCCUCGCUUCUUCUCCGCCGGAGUCACGAAAACACGAUGCGCGGGACCUGCGUGGCGCUGCUGUCUCUGUCUCUGUCUCUGUCUCUGGGCUCUCUGGCUGUCAGCACUGUGAGCCCCAGCAACUCAUCCAGCAGCUUCUGCAGCGAGUCCAGAGAAUGUCUUCAGUUCGAUCUGCUCUGCCGGACAGACGAGUACGAGGUCCGUCGUUACUCAGCGACUCGGUGGGUCUCUACAGAUGCAGAGGCGUACUUCCUCGGGGUGGGAGCCGCCAUGGCCUUCAGACGCCUCUAUCACUACAUCUCUGGAGCCAACGAAGAGGGUGUGAGGUUUGAGAUGACGGCUCCGGUGCUUGUUGAAGUCCCAGAGGAAGUGAAGAUGUGGGAACCGGCGCUCUACACACUCAGCUUCCUGCUGCCUUCAGCCUAUCAGGAGCGUCCUCCCACUCCCACCAACGACAAGCUGUAUUUCUCGGACAUGCCUGACAUGGAUGUGUAUGUGAGGAGUUACGGCGGCUGGAUGCUGUCAAUCACCUCUCGACUCCACGCCCACCUGCUGAGCAGAGCCCUGCUGAGAGACCACGCCCACUUUAACCACACCCACCACUACACGGUGGGCUACGACAGUCCUCUGAAGCUGUUAAACAGACAUAAUGAGGUGUGGUAUGUGGUGGAGGGAGAUCCGGUCUGUGGAGGGGAACACACACCGGACACACACUGAACAGACACAAUCAGUGAAGUGUGACGAACCUCAGGGGCUGGACCGCCUGAUGACAUCACUGCCUCCCCGGCCACGCCCUCCAGUGACAUCAGAGCGUAUCCUGAUGCUCCGCCCACCACCGCGCCAGAACCAGACUGUCC